GGCUGUGGAGUCGCCUCGCAGCAGCGAGCAACGAGCGCCCUGCUCCCAGUCCCGGCUUGGAACUUAACUGUAUGAGUGCGGGUUCUGGAACCCCGGCCCCGGAGCUGCGAGUCCGGGUCUGAACCUGGGGCACAGCGGUCAGCCUCCGAGGCCCUGAUUUGGGACCGAGCCGAGGCGCUGAGCGCGGAGCGGGAGACCCGGGCGGGCCGGCGCAGCAACCGGCUAGUCAGGGAGCAGGACCGCGGAAGGCAGGGAGACGGCCGCGAGCUGAGGGCAGAGGGCAGAGUGCAGAGAGCGACCUGGCUCGGCGGAGGGCGCCGCCCGGCCGGAACCGAGCUCUCCGCCCCGGACGGCGGCCAGUAGUGGGGUGCGGACCCGGGGUCGCCACGAGUCCCGAGCGACUCCCCGGCCGACGGCUGGGGGCGUGCCUCCUCCCAGCCCAGCUGCCCCAGCCCCGCGCGCCCGUUCGUAGCGUCGCCGGGGAAUGUGAGCGGGAAGCCCAGGCUGCCAGCCGCGAGGACCCGGACGGAGGAGUAGCAGGAGCGCGGAGCCGCGAGCCGCGAGCCCAGCGCCCGGCUGAGUAGAUGUCCAUGAGGAGCCCCGGCUCUGCCCAGCUGGCCCUGGAUGACGUUGGCACCAUGGUGAACUGUACUGUCAAGUCAGAGGGGAAGAAGGAGUCCUGCCACGAGGCCCCCCAGGGCUUGGCCACCGCAGCUGAACCCCGGCCCGGAGAUCCAGCCCGGGCCCCCCAGGAUGGUGCUGACCCUCAAGCUCCAGCCCAGGACAGCAGCUCCCUGGAAAGCAAUGGGUCCCCAGAACCCAAGAGACCAGGAGGCUCCGAGGCUGCUUCUGGAAGCCAGGAGAAGCUGGACUUCAACCGAAAUUUAAAAGAAGUCGUGCCGGCCAUCGAGAAGCUGCUGUCCAGUGACUGGAAGGAGAGGUUUCUGGGAAGGAGCUGUGUGGAAACCAAAGAUGUCAAAGGGACCCAGGAGAGCCUGGCAGAGAAGGAGCUCCAGCUGCUGGUCAUGAUCCAUCAACUGUCCACCCUGCGGGACCAGCUCCUGACGGCCCACUCAGAGCAGAAGAACAUGGCCGCUAUGCUCUUUGAGAAGCAACAGCAGCAGAUGGAGCUGGCCCGGCAGCAGCAGGAGCAGAUCGCUAAGCAGCAGCAACAGCUGAUUCAGCAGCAGCAUAAGAUCAACCUCCUUCAACAGCAGAUCCAGCAGAUCAACAUGCCUUACGUCAUGAUUCCAGCCUUCCCCCCAAGCCACCAACCUCUGCCUGUCACCCCCGAGUCCCAGCUGGCUUUGCCCAUUCAGCCCAUUCCCUGCAAGCCAGUGGAGUAUCCGCUGCAGCUGCUGCACAGCCCCGCCGCCCCAGUGGUGAAGAGGCCUGGGGCCUUGUCUGCCCACCACGCCCUACAGGAGCCCUCCCAACCCCUAAACCUCACGGCCAAGCCCAAGGCCCCCGAGCUGCCUAAUGCCUCCAGCUCCCCGAGCCUGAAGAUGAGCAACUGUGGACCCCGUCCUCCCAGCCAUGGGGCCCCCACACGGGACCUGCAGGCCAGCCCCCCCAGCCUGCCUUUGGGCUUCCUUGGUGAAGGGGAUGCUGUCACCAAAGCCAUCCAGGAUGCCAGACAGCUGCUGCACGGUCACAGUGGAGCCUUAGAAAGUCCCCCCAACACCUCCUUCCGUAAGGACCUCAUUAGCCUGGACACAUCCCCAGCCAAGGAGCGGCUGGAGGAGAGCUGUGUGCACCCACUGGAAGAAGCCAUGCUGGGCUGUGAUGUGGACGGCUCCCGCCACUUCCCUGAGUCCCGGAACAGCAGCCACAUCAAGAGGCCCAUGAAUGCCUUCAUGGUGUGGGCCAAGGAUGAGAGGAGGAAGAUCCUCCAGGCCUUCCCAGACAUGCACAAUUCCAGCAUCAGCAAGAUCCUUGGAUCUGCAGGGGGCUGGGGGUGUCAGCAGAGCCCAGCUGACUGCCUGCCCCUGGGGGCUGGGCCAGGCUCCCGCUGGAAGUCCAUGACCAAUCAGGAGAAGCAGCCUUACUACGAGGAGCAGGCGAGGCUGAGCCGGCAGCACCUGGAGAAGUACCCUGACUACAAGUACAAGCCACGGCCCAAGCGCACCUGCAUCGUGGAGGGCAAGCGGCUGCGGGUGGGCGAGUACAAGGCUCUGAUGAGGACCCGGCGCCAGGAUGCCCGCCAGAGCUACACGACCCCCCCGCAGGCCAGCCAGGUGCAGAUGAGCCCCUCAGAUGUCCUGUACCCUCGGGUGGCAGGCGUGCCCCUGGCACAGCCCCUGGUGGAGCACUAUGUGCCCCGCAGCCUGGACCCAAACAUGCCUGUCAUCGUCAAUACCUGCAGCCUCAGGGAGGAGGGCGAGGGCACAGAGGACAGGCACUCGGUGGCUGAUGGCGAGAUGUACCGGUACAGCGAGGAUGAGGACUCAGAGGCCGAGGAGAAGAGCGACGGGGAGCUGGUGGUACUCACAGACUGAUCCCGGCUACGUGGGCCUGGCCCUCCUCCCUGGGGACGACCGGGCCCCACGCCAGCAGGCACAGCAACCCCACCUGGACUACGUUGGUACUUGGACUUGGGCAUGCCUGGGAGCUGGGCACAGCUGUGCAUUUGUAGAUACGUUCAUGAUGGGAGAUGCCCCCUCCCCACCACACCUGUGGGCACACCUGAGGAGCUGAUGAUGGCCUGAGUGGGUCCUGCGUGGCGGUGAUGGGCUGGGCUGGCUGAGCUCCGUGGUGGCCCUUGGGGCUCGUGGCCAGGGGACACUGUAUGACCCUCCCCUCCUGCAGGUCUGCCCAUCCCAGGGGUAUGGCAGCUACAGACCUGUUCCCCUAGGGCCACAUGCUUUGUUUCCAUUCUUGUCCUGGCUGGACCAGCCACCAUGGGACCAACACGCACCGCCCCACCACAGUACCCCAGAUCGCUCCUCUACCAUGAGGAUCGCUUUGUACUUUGUGCAAAGAGGUCUGGCUCUCCUCCAUGUCUCUUUUGCCAAGCCUUUCGUGCCUCUGGCUGGUGUGUGUGUGUGUGUGUGUGUAUGUGUACCCAUGUGCGCACGUGCACAUGUUUUCAUCUGUUCUUUCAUUGCACAAGGUAUUUAUUGAGUGCCAGGCACUGUCGCUGAGUUCCUGUGGGUGUGUCUUUUGAUGCCAUUCUUGCUUCUCCGGGGGGCUCUUUCUGUGCUUCUCUUUGUCCCCAAAUUGCUACCUCUUUGUCAGUCUGGGUGUCUCAGGUUCUGUGCGUCCUUGGUGCAUUUCUCUGUCCUUGUUUCUCUGCAGGGCCUUUUUUUGUGUCUCUCCCUUCCUCCGUGUCUGCCCUUGCCCCUUUAACGCCUGCUGGGUCUCUGUAAGCCCCUGGUCUGCCCUGGGCUCCCCAGCCAUCCUGACCUCCCCUGCCUGCCCCUUCACUCCCUCCCUGACUCUGCAUGUCAGUUCCCAUGGAGCCAUUUUUAGCUCCCAGCAGCAUGGGAAUGUGCUCAGCCUCCAAGGGGCUCUGUCAUGGUGCCCCAGCCCCUGGUCCCAACCUGAGUGCCAGGAGUGGGGGCAGGAGGACUGAUGGUGCCCCCUUCUGUAAGUGACAGAAGCCCUGGAGAGGGGGCUCUUGUGCAGCUGGUCUUCACUCCUCUGUCCUGAGUAGGGGAUGGGAGCUCCCCACUCCCACCCUGUCCUUGGAAGGCUUCAUCCUCUCCCACCCAGCUCUGCCCCUACACCUGCCUGCUCCUCUCCCCUCCCCCACUCUAUACCCGUAAUUUGCCUCAGCUCCGGAUCCCUUUCACAAGGUCUUUCCCUAGGAAAAUCAAAUCCCGUUGGCACCUGACUCCAAAGAUCCAGAAUAGCCCUGGGGCAAGGUGGGAAGGGAACCCCAAAUCCUACAGGGACAGAUGUGGAGUCUGUGUCCGUUCCCCCAUCUUCUCCCCUUCUACUUCCCCGAACCCAACUUCUCUCCAGGCUGUUUCUUUUUUUUAUGACUGUAAACAUAGAUAGUGCUUUAUUUUGUUAAUAAGAAGAUAAUGAUUAGUAACUUAACCAGCACAUUUCUCCUAUUUACACUUGGGGGAAUUUUUUUGUUUU